ACUAGUACGUGGCCAGUUGCAUUUGCGGUUCGGUCGUAGAUUCGGUUAAAUCCAUUCCCCCUCCAACCCGGUAGGAUCCUUGUUGAUUGGGAACUAAAUUGGCCACCCGUUCCAUCCCGUUCCUUCGCGAAAAUGAUGCAAAACGUGCUCCGUCAUGCGGUCCGGUCGGUGGCCUCGAUCGGUGCCCGUGCCACACCGGCACACCACUACUCCACGACCACCUCGUUCGGGACGGCCCGUGGCCCGACCUCACCCGUCACCUACCUCAGCGAGGACGAGCUGGUGAUGAAGGAAACGGUGGCCAAGAUGGCCCAGGAGCAGAUCGCACCGUUGGUGAAGAAGAUGGACGAGGAACACCAGUUCGACCCGUCCGUUGUGCGGGCCCUGUUCGAUAACGGGCUGAUGGGCAUCGAGGUGGGUGAACAGUAUGGUGGCAGUGCCUGCAACUUUAUGACCACGAUGCUGGUAGUAGAGGAACUGUCGAAGGUGUGUCCGGCCACGGCCGCCCUCGUCGACAUCCACAAUACGCUCGUUAACUCGCUCAUGAUGAAGCUCGGCACGGAGGAGCAGAAGAAGAAGUAUCUGCCGAAGCUGAGCCAGGAGUACAGUGGCAGCUUUGCCCUCUCGGAACCGUCGGCCGGAUCGGAUGCUUUCUCACUGAAGACGACGGCCAAGAAGGACGGGAACCACUAUGUGCUAAAUGGCACAAAAAUGUGGAUCUCGAACUCCGACAUCUCGGGCGUUUUUCUUAUCAUGGCGAACGCAAACCCAUCCGCGGGAUAUCGCGGAAUCACGACAUUCAUCGUGGAGCGCGACUACGAAGGGUUCACGGUCGGCAAGCGCGAAAGCAAGCUCGGUAUCUGCGCAUCAGGCACGUGUACCCUUCAUAUGGACAAUGUGCGUGUGCCGGAGGAGAACAUCUUGGGCGAGUUUGGUAAAGGAUACCAGUACGCGGCCGGCUUUUUGAACGAAGGCCGCAUCGGUAUCGGGGCGCAGAUGGUGGGACUAGCACAGGGUUGCCUGGACGCAACCAUCCCGUACCUGCUCGAGCGCAAACAGUUCGGCUCGGAUCUGUAUUCGUUCCAGAGCAUGCAGCACCAGAUUGCGACGAUUGCGACAGAAAUAGAGGCGGCCCGACUGCUGACGUACAAUGCCGCCCGACUGCAGGAAGCGGGCGCACCGUUCUUGAAGCAGGCGGCCAUGGCCAAGUAUUACGCGUCGGAGGUGGCCCAACGCACGACUGUGAAGGCAAUCGACUGGAUGGGAGGUGUCGGCUUCACCAAGGACUUUCCGCAGGAGAAGUACUAUCGCGACUGUAAGAUCGGUGCGAUCUACGAGGGCACAACCAACAUGCAGCUCAGCACGAUCGCCAAGGUUUUGCGCAAGGAGUAUCAGUCGUAAGAUGUGUGCGCUAUCACGGAACGCUGCUGCUCGCAAAGGAGGCGAUAGAUCGUUACGUAACACGUCCAGUAAAAGAUCGCGGCCUGCUG